CUUGAUUUACUGUAGCUACAAUUGUAUAUGAUUAAACGUGUCGCCGUUCAAUAAAUCGUGUCGUACCAGUAACUGUUGUCAGUGUUAUCCUUUCAAAACCGUUCCUACACCUACAUUGGCGCAGUCGAGUAAGGAGUAAGAUGGCAGAACGCGCCAAUAACCCCCCACCGAACCGCAACAACCGGCCAUCCCGCGGCAUGAUUGCCGCGCAUGUGGAAAAGCUCCGGGCAAUGGCCGCGCAGUUGUUGCGGGAAGCCAGGAGGCUGUCGGGCGAUGGUCCGGAGGACACGGUGAGCGGUUGGUCGGCCGAACGCGCGGCUACCGCGUCGUUCGGCCGGAUACGAGCAAGCCCGACUGCAUGGGCCUUGUUCGAGCGGGGUUUCGCCGAGGGACGCCGGUCCACUCGAGCGAACACCCCACAGCCCGAAGCCGCCAGGCCUAGGGCAGGACCGCCCGGACGAGUGCCACCUCGCCGAACAGCGCCGGCGUACCAGCGCCACGACGUCCGGGAUGGGCGUGGCCGGUUCAGGCGGCCAGCGGUUCAGCCACAAGCCGACCAGACCGACGAGCGGCCCAUGGUACAGCCGCAAGCCCAGCAGCCCGUGGUGCCCCCGCCAACAGAGCCGCCAGCAGAGCAGCAGCUGGCCCAGCAGCCAGACACCCCGGAACAGCAGCUGGCCGCGGUGGAGCGGUGGGUCCAGGCCAUGGAGGUGACGCCCGGGGACCCAGUCAUCUUUCCCGUGGACUAG